CGUCAGAACAAGAGUUCAAUAUACCGACCACUUCUGUAAUCGGUAAGAUCUGAAUGACGCUGAAAUCGUGUAAAUCUCGCUGUCACUCAUGCCUCAGGGAAGCGUGACCUUGAUUUGUGAGCAUGAAGUUUGUGUUUGUUAAUGAGGUAGAGAUGAAGAGCUCCACAGGACCCUCCUCACCCUCACUCCAGUGAUGCCGCCGCUCAGUCCAGUACAUCGCUUACUGCUCACUUCAAGCAACGCACACCGAGCCCGCUUUCUUCCUUUGUAAACAAACCUGUCAUCUGGAAGCCUUAUUUUCCGCCAAAUAUCUCUUGUUUUCAGCACAUUUGGAUUCAUGAUGCCUGGACUGAAGUUGUACGGUGCGCUGAUUUUGUGUGUCCUGGUGCUGCCGUUCUCCCGUCCGAGCAGUCAGGUGCUGGACUGUCGCGAAGUGCGCUCGUCCUUUCAGUUUUUGUACCCGGGGAUGAAAUGGACCCCAGAAACCCCAGUUUCAGG